GGAAUCCUCUCGAAUCUCUGCACUCUUCGAUCCUUGAGUAAAGGCACUUGGAUGCCCUUGCAUUCAAUUUGUUCCGAUUUCGAACCACAAGUACUGAGGGGAAUCUUUAGCUAUUCAGACGAGGAAACAUGCGAAAGUGGCUGUGCUGCAACUGUGUAGUAGAGGAGCCAUACCCUUCAAAUGAAAAUGAAGCCCAUAAGAACCCAUGGAAUCAUGUAGAUGGAUUAAAGGCGCCAGCCCCUGCCAAGAACGAAGUGCAAAAAGCAAUGCCAACUAUUGAGGUGCCCAAGUUGUCACUGGAUGAAAUCAAGGAAAAACCUGAUAAUUUUGGGUCAAGGGCAUUAAUUGGUGAAGGAUCAUACGGCAGAGUGUAUUUUGCAAAACUAGAUAAUGGCAAAACAGUGGCAGUGAAAAAGCUAGAUGUCUCAUCUAAGCAAGAAUCUGAUGUUGAGUUUUUGAGUUAGGUUUCCACUGUUUCAAGAUUGAAACACGAAAAUCUUGUUGAGCUGCUUGGCUAUAGUGUUGAAGGGAAUCUUCGUGUAUUAGCUUAUGAGUUUGCAACAAUGGGAUCUUUGCAUGAUAUAUUGCAUGGAAGGAAAGGUGUACAAGGAGCACAACCCGGUCCUGUUCUUGAUUGGAUGCAACGGGUAAGGAUUGCGGUAGAUGCUGCAAGAGGACUCGAAUAUUUGCAUGAGAAGGUUCAACCUCCUAUUAUACACAGGGAUAUAAGAUCCAGCAAUGUCCUCCUUUUUGAAGACUUCAAAGCAAAAAUUGCAGAUUUUAACCUUUCCAACCAAGCACCUGAUAUGGCUGCCAGGCUUCAUUCCACUAGAGUUCUGGGAACCUUUGGUUAUCACGCACCAGAGUAAAACUUUAUAAUCUUU